AGAGUUAUCUUCAUUGACCAAUCGAAACACUUUAUCAAAAUUUCCCCAGAAAUUGAUUCCUUUCUUAUUCAAAUUUAUCUGGCUGGUGUCUUCUGGGAGAUUUUCCCUCAAGCAAAAUGGUUUCCAGUCGAGUUUAAUGAAGGCCCUACUCCUCUGGCCUAAACAGCUGCCAUUUGGCUGACUUACAGACAACAAUUUUUGGCCAGAUAACAUUGAUGACGAUUGGAGCAGCAUCAAGAUCCAUGCGCUCCGUCUAACCAUGGGAGGUUUACUUGGCAACCGUAUGGUUGUCUUGGGUAUGAGUCUGUUUGCUGCCCUCUAUCUGCUUGCUGGGUCUAUGAUGGCCGUCGUUGGGAUUGUUGCUGUGCAUCUUAUUCCUCAUCUGUUUAAAACAGGAUCAGUCAUCUGGGUUGGAGUUUUGGUGUUUGUUAUUGGAGUGGUUCUCCUCCUACUCUCGGUCUGUACUCAGCAUGUGUCCAUCAUACAGAGUUACAUAAUGUUUCUACUGUGCCUUCUUGUUCUGAUCUUCACCAUCGUUAACAUCGUCCUGAUGGAGAUAGUGGAAUGGGAUUAUUUAGAAGUCAAAAAGGCGGCUGAUGCUUCUGAUGAUGACUUGCGUAAAUCUGAGAACAGUCUUAUCUUCCUCAGCUACCUCCUUGGACUUCUAGGCAGUGUGAUUGGUCUUGUGGCUUCAUUUUUUGGGACAAUUUAUGUCUACUUUACUUUAACUUUACCACUUCUCAAAGCUGAAAAACAGAGCAAGCCACAGUAUCGAGUGGAGAUCAGGAAACAGAGUUAUAUCAAACACAAAAAGCAACCUCUACGCAAAUUCAACUUCAAGCUGACACCACCCCCAGAGGUCCAACACACUGCCCCAUCAACAACCUGGAGCUCUGGAGAGUCGGACCUUUACCAUGUCAGUUGGGUUUAUGAAGACCAAGCUGCUGGCCAGCAGAAGGACAAAGCUGAUAAUAACAACGAUGAACCUAACGAUAACAGGGCACUAAUGGAUGAGAUCAAAGCGAGGGUUAGUUCUCGAAGACCACCCAGUCCAACAUCAUUUGAUGUCACUGCACAGAUGAACCUUUAUCCAAUUCUAGAUGAAACCAGCAGUAACCAGUCAGAACCGGUUCGAGGCAGAAUAGGCCAGUUGCUACCAAAUACUAGAAGUAGUUUCCAGAGAAAGUCUGUUGAUCCUCUUACUGAGGAGUGUACAAAGCUGUAGUUUAUUAAUCGGCUGAAGACAAAUCUUAUCAAGAAAUUAGCAACGACCUGUUGAAACUGGUCCAAGCCAGAUUGGGCCAGUUUUCACCCAAUCCUAUAGUAGAUAGGGGGCUCUUUAGUUUCUUGUUGUGGAAUGUAAUUAUAAGUAAGUUAUUUUGUUGAUGAACUACGGACAGCUUUCUGGAUAUUAAGAAUAAAUGCCAGUCAGAAGUAGAUACAAAGUAGAACCCAGUUUUGACAAUUUAUUUAGGAGUAUAUGUGUGCUCGGUCAUUACUUUUGUGUAAAUAAUUAUUAUUUAUUCAGCAUGUUUUACAGGUCAUAAUCUUUUAAUUAAUUUUUGACACUUUUUCUUAAUACGUUUUGUUUUGAUCAGUAUAAAACAAUCGGCAUGAAAAAAUAUUUCUGCUCAAAAACGAAAUGUUGAUGUAACCAAUCAAAGAAAGAACUUUGAAACUUAAAAUUCAGAUUAUUUAUUAAAUUGAGGUAAAUCAAAGAUGAACAGAUUGUUUGAGAUAAAAUUGUACUUUUAUGUAAAUUAUUUAUUCCAAAGAAACAUUAUUUUUCAAGACAUUAAUUUGAGCUACUUUCUAAUACAUUAAUUUUGUUUAUAUCUAGUGGAUAAGAAUUCUCUAAAGUGUAUUAUGGCAAAAAAAGGAAUUCAUCCACUAAUAAAAAACACUUGUGGAAAGUGAUCUUA